GCGCGUUGCCCCUACUGACAAACUGUCUUCCGCGUCGUCCACCUUCGCCUCCUUAACCCAUCUCCUUGUCUUCUCCUGGACUGUAACUGUACAUUCUUUGACAUCUGUACUAAUCUACGCUAGAUUCUGGGUAGACAUGGCGAAGGGUAAGUCGUCUGCGACAUCCGCGACGCGCAAGAAACACGCCCGCAAGGCAGCAGCCGAUCAAGUCGAGGAACCCCAGAUCCCGAAGGAGAAGAAGGCGAGCAAGAAAGAGAAGAAGAGCAAGGAGCCUCGCAAGAAAGUGUACAUACCACCGGUCAAGCCUGCACCAGUUCAGCCAGAUCCGCUCGACACGCUAGGCAUUGCCCAGAAGUUGCCCCCAGAACUGCUCGUCGUGCUUCGGAGAUUGGCGAAGAAGGACUCAAUCACGAAGAGACGUGCACUAGAGGACCUCCAGGCAGGCUGGGUGGAGAAGGCCAGGAGCGAAGGGCCAAAUAGUGGAUUGUUGGAGGUGAUUGCAGAAACCAUUCCGGUCUGGCUACACCACGUUCCUCCUCUUUUCCUCCAUCCAUCCAGGCGCAUCCGACUCCUUGCCGUUGGUCUGCAUGCUUCCCUACUUCGACUGCCUGCGGAAGUCUCGACGCGGCUCUUCUUCACUCUGCGUGAGGUCCUAACUGCCGACCAAACGGAGUGUAUCCUCGGCUCGUGGCUUCUCGCAGCGCAUGAUGUGGACCGCCAAGUCUCUGCGUUCGCUCGAGAGUCUUGGAUCCGUUGUGUCUCUCUCGCUGCAUCUUCGCGACCGCUUACUCUGGACGUCGAGCUAGUGCAGCGACUCUGGAACUUUGUACACCGCACCUUACUCGAUCCUGGUGGUGUAUAUCUGUACGUGAACCCCCCGCAACCCGCAGCACCAAACCCGCCGCCGGGCAAGAAAGGCGCGAAGUCGCCACCUGCGAAACGGACACAAGACGAGGACUCCGGCCGCGCAAAGCCGGAAGAGGAAGAGGAAAGCGAGGGUGAUCGGAGGGCUAGGUUGCGCAUGGGCGCAUGUGGGUCGGCGGUGUGGAUGCUUAGUGCCAUCGUCGAAGGGAAACCGGAGAUCAUGACGAGUGAAUUCCUCGCGCCAUUCGCAAACCCCGCGUUGUGGACGUUGUUGUAUCAUGCACAGAAUCCGCCAUUCGUAGAAGUCGAGAGUUUUGGCUGGAUUCAGCCGGGGGUGCGCAGGGCCGCGUGGUCAUUGCUACAAUCCGUUCUUGAAACGUGCAAAGAUCGUCUCGACCCGCUUAUCCCGGUACUCAGUCGAGCCAUUCUGCGCUCGGCAUGGGUGGAGCCAGAUCCUAACGUCAGGGCAGCGAUGUGGCGGCCUUUUUUGACGUUCCUCCGAGAACAUCCGAAAGCCUGGGAGCUCGAUGCGAGUGCGCCGAAGGACAACGAUGGGGAGGACGCCGUCGACGAGGAUGACUCAGACACGGAUGAAGACGAGCGUCCCAGAGACGCUCAGGCGAACCAGUCGACAAACUCGGUAGCACCUGCGCCGCCCCAAGCAUAUCGAGAGUUCCUCCAAUUUCUCGAGCUUGGAUGUUCGGGCUCGCCUCUGCAGGGGUACCCCACGAUCAUUGUGAUCGUGUCUACGAUACCGCCUGCAAUCUGGGGCGCCAGUUCGGAGACACCCCUAAACGACUUCUUCACAUCGUUCUGGGCGGCUGUGGACGGACGUGCGCUGUCUGCGCUCGACAGAGCGGCGACGAGCGCCGCGUUCUUCUCGGCGCUCCUGGAGUGUUUGACCUUCCUCGUCAGGCGGUUGCUGAACUGCUCUGCAGAAGAUGCGAAACAUCUUCUGCACGGCACUUCUGCCGGUGAGACAGCUAGUGAUGACGCAGAGCGGAGGAAAGUGGCGCAGAAUCUGGUGGCAGAGCAGUAUGUCAGGGCGUGGGAGGCGCUCAGCAAGCGACGACUGAGGGUGGAGGCAGAGACGGCUGCGAACUUGAUAGUCAAGUCGUUGACGGGGCUCUACCAGCUCAAUGACCAAUUGUUCUCCGCCGCCUGGGACGCACUGUCGUCCAGCAUCUUGAAGGCCCUCGAGAGCCAAGAUGGCACCGUCUCCCCGAUUGCGUCGACUAUCCUGAAGGCCUUUCAGCAGCAGUUUGACAAGGGAAGUGCACAGGCAGCGGCCUCGAACGCGCUUGUCGCUCAAGUAGUCCAGUGCGCGAUCAAGCGUUGCGAGGCCAUCCUACAGUCGGAGGAGCCUCCUGCUCAAGGUCAAGUCGAUGCGCUCGUAGACGUUCUCAGUGAAUUUGAAGGCUCCGUGUUCAGUGAUUUAGCCGUGGAGAAAGCCAUCGACGAGACUGUUCGUCAGCAUCUACGACGCGUGCUCGCGGUCGCCCCCUCACUUUUGCUUGUGUACCUCUCAUAUCGCCAGGACGAGGCACUCUGUCUGCAGUUGUGGCAGGACGUCCUACGUACACUUGCAGGAUCAUCCGGGGGCAUUGAGGAUGCGGUCUCACCGUUACUGAAUGCCCAGGACAGAGGUGCGCUUCCUGCGUACCUGCGUGCCGAGGAAGGCGACUUCGACGACGUUGUCGGUGACUUGCUCGCUCAAGUACUCGCUGGAUCUGCGAAGACGAGUGAAGUCAAUGUACUUCGCAGCAUCAUGCGCUCACCAGGGCCAUUUGUCUCGGAGGGCUCGUUCAAAGGCCUGGUGGAAAGUCUAAGUUCAGCAUUGAACAUGCACAUCCCUGUCGUCUGGACGGACGCAUCUACAUCGUUCUUCGUCUUCGGCGUGUCUUGGAGUCUGCUAGAGGUGCUGACCUUUAAUCAUCUGCCUUUGUUACAGACGACAGAAGGUUCGACGGCCCUGUUCGCCGAAGUUUUUCUCUUCGCGAAUCUUUUGCCGUCUGUGAGAAAGACCGAUGAGGAACAAGUGGGAACAGCUCGGAAGCUCUGGCGAACAUGGAUGCUUGAAGGCUCGGAGGAGACCCGAAGAGCUACAGCGGCUGUAGUAAAAGAUCGACUGCGCGAGAUGCUGCUCGACUGUUCGUCGCUUGUCAGCCCUGAGCAGAUUUUGCAAGCGGUAAAGACCCCGGACGCUUCGUUCGACGUCGAACCUCUUGUGGACAUUGUGCCUUCCGAGGUAUCGCUCGACGACAUGCUCGAUAACCUGUCAGCCGUGCCGGGCGAUGCAAGCCUUGCUGUUGUGGAUCCGCUCGUUCCGCCUGCUUCGUUGUGCGAUGAGACGGCUCUGUCCAGUCCGGAUACGGACACUUCAGGAUUGUCUCGAUAUGCCCGAGUCGUCGAGGGUUUGGCGCUACACCUGCUCGACGACCGACAGGCCGCAAAGGCAAACGCCUGGGCGCUUCGACAUCUACUGGCGCUCUCACUCUAUGUGGACGAACUCAUUCAAAUCCCUGCCUCGAAGAGCCCUGUCUUUUCCGCUGCCGUCUCUAGAUCAAUACUACAUGACUACAUCACCAAGGCGAGACAAGUUGCGACUUACGUCUUAUCGUCGUCACAGGAUGAAGGGUGGCAUACGACAGUCGUAGGCGCCAUCAUCGCAGACAAACAGGAUAUUAGCCUUGGACCUGUGGGCAAGCUUGUCUGGGACCUCGUCAACCGGGGAAAACGAUUCGACACCGUCCGGGAAUCUCGGAUUUUGCAUACAAUUCUGGAACAUAUAUUCGGCAGCAUCUCGAAAACUGAGGCAGAACAAUGGGUACAGCUCGCUCGUAAACUGGAGAGGCAAGCCCCGCAUACAUCCCUCGCCAUUGUUUACUCGGUGACCCAGUACGCCCCCGAGCCGCCCAUCCUCGACCGAUACCGGAACGAGCUCGCGGCCGGACUCUUCGGUGUCCCACCGUCGAAGGCAAACACGCAAGGCCUAUGGUUGCUUCGCAGACUGGCAGCAAUCGCGCCAGAUCCUGACUCUGAUAUCGUCUUCAUGCCGCAACCACGUGCGGUCAACUUGAUGAAGACUUGCCAACAGUGGAUUACAUCUGACGAGGAUAUCGACGAGGAUGUCGAGAGCGAGAUGACGCUGAUUUUCCUGCAUCUAGCUCCCAUUUUGCAGAACGUACCGGGCGCGCACUGGGACUUGAUAUUCGAUGUGAUGGAGAACAACCUCGAGAGUUCGUCGCUCACGGAACAGACCUCUCUUGUUGUCCUCAGCAGGACUCUGCGAUUGUUCAUUGCUAUCCAGGAUCUGGCCUCGACGAACAAGGUCCUCCGUGAAGUUUGGCAGGAUAGAGAGAAUACAUGUUUGACGUUGGUUCGCGAUCUAGUCUCGGUGAAGCUGGAAUCCGAGCAAAUCUCUGCUCCGCUAUCCGCGUGCCGUGAGCUUGCCCUGCAGAUAGUCCAAGAUCUACCGGAGUCUCUCAUAGACCAGACCACGAUCUCUAAGAUGUGUCAUAUCAUUGAGGACAUUGCAGUCGGCGUCCAGAAGAUGGCCUAUCGGCUGCUUCAUGAGGCGGCGAGGAAGUACACGGAGCACAUGGUGAUCGAAGCCGCAGUUGAAUCCGAGGAGCCUAUGAAGAUAGAGCUACCUCUGGAGCUCGUCCAGAUUCUGCAACGAGACCUCAGUGCGGAAGAGAACACAGGUUUCGAAUAUCAGCAUUCUUCCGGCUACUUUCUUGCAUGGAUGCUCGCCUUCGACCACUUCGCGAAUGCCUCGCUCAAAGUCAAGUCUGCUUACAUCGAGCAGCUUCGAGACUUGGGUCUUGUGGGCGAACACCUACUUCCGAAUAUAUUCGCCACGCUCGGCUUGUAUGGAGGUAUCGCAAAACCAUUCAAACUCGACAUAUGGUUCAUCGAGGAGCUGUACCUCGACUCGUACUCUGGGGAUUCGGCAUUGAGCGUCGGUCUCUUGGCGGCUCAUCUGUACUACCGCGCGCUUCUUAUCGUGCCGUCUCUCAUUCGCAACUGGCUCUCCGAGUGCCGCGAUCGUCAGUUGCUCAACCGAGUAUCGACCUACACGGCGGCGCACUUCUCGCCCGCUAUCAUAAGGACCGAGUUGGCCCAGGUCAAGGAUCCAGACGCGGCGGCCGAGUUCACAGAUGAGAACCUCACGAUCAAGGUCGCGAAUGCGGUCAAUGAAGUGACGGCGUCGUACGCGGUGGACGAGUACUUGCUGGGACUGACGGUCAAGUUGCCAUCUGACUACCCGCUCCAUGGAAUCGAGAUUCGGGACAACAAGCCAGUCGGUGUCCCUGAGGACCGCUGGCGAGCUUGGAUGCUUGGUAUUCAGCAGAUCAUCUCAUACAGGAGCGGGAGUAUCACCGACGGCCUCAGCUUCUUCAAGAAGAAUGUCUCGUCCCACUUCGAGGGUCUCGUCGAGUGUGCGAUCUGUUACUCGAUCAUCAGUGCGAUGGACGGCAGUUUGCCGCGCAAACCAUGCAGGACGUGCAAGAACCGCUUCCAUGCUGGGUGUCUGUAUAAGUGGUUCAAUUCAAGUCAUUCCUCCAGCUGCCCGCUCUGCCGGUCAGAAAUCAUUUGAAGAGGUCUGGAGAGUGAAGUGAGAAGUUGAAAGACUAGUGUAUUUAUACCGGUACUGUAUUGCGAAGCAACUUCCUCGUUCUCUACUAUCAU